CGCGCGGUUUGUGUACGGGGUAGUUUGUAUGUAGUGCGUAUUUGUUUUGAAAUGAUGUCCGAUGCUGAUCACAAUUCUGUUUAUCAUCGCAAAAUGGCAUUGCUGCAAGAGAAACUGCGGAAAAGUGAAGAAGAAAGAUUGAAGUUGGAAGAAAAAUUCUCAGUUAUGAUGAAAGAGUGCAAGGAAGAAGAAGAAGAAAGACUGAGCCACUUAAAGUUGCAGUAUGAAAGCUUUCUAGAAGAAGACAGGAAAAGACGAGACAGAAAUGACAGGAUCAUGAGGUCACUAGACAGAAUAGAAAAUAGAGCUGCAACACUCAAUGCAAAAUCAAAAAGAUUAAAGCUGUUAAGGGAACAUUAUGAAGCUUACCUGAAGCGUGUAUAUCCAACAUGGAAGAAUAAGAGUCCAAGUAUCGCAUCUGCUAGAAAUAAUCACACAGGGCAUAGCCCAGUUUGUUUUGAUCAGCACAUUGAUUCGUCAUAUGCUGAAAGCUUUACAACUCCAUUCACAACCAAUCGUAGAAAUUCUGUUUCCUUCUCAGAUAAUCUAACAUCAUCUCCAAGAUUAAUGGAUAUUUCGUACUCACCAAGAAACUUUGACGAUACUAUGAGCCCUAAUGGUUUUCCUAGAUAUCAGCAACGCACUCUAGAUAGAGAGGUCACUGGAGGUAAAUCAAAGUUUCCAACAAAUUUGUAUGACAAUGCUGCAAUAAAAAAAGGAUUGGAAUAUGAUCAUGGUCCUAACAAUUAUAUCAGAGGAAUGAAAACAGAGUUUAACAAUACAGGCACAUUACAUGACAGCCCAAAUAUCAUAAAUGGAUACUUGGGAUUUACAGGGCAGUCAGCUGUUUCAAACUCAGACAUUUACUUCAGUUCUGACACUCAGAAGUUCCCUUCCACAUUUGGUCCACGAGACAGACUUCAGUUCUUACAUGAAAAUAACAUUAUGGGCAAUAUGGAAAGAUCUGCAAGUGUAGUGAAUUCUGUGAAGGGGGAUUUAAGUCCUGUGUACAAAAAAGAAAGUAAGGAUCUGGCUGCUGGUAUGGCAGCAGACAUAGAUUGGGAGCAGAAUACCAGUCGUGAUCUUCUCAAUAUGUCUCUUACAGAUGAUGGAAAGGUUUCAAAUGGUCCACAGAAAGCAGAACAACUAAUGAAACAUCAGCAAAAUUUACAUGUACUUAAAAUGCGGAUGGAGGAUGUAAAAACCCCAGUGACAGAAGAUAGUUAUGCUGAGAACCAUGAUCACAGCAAAGAUUUUCUUGAGGAGCAUAUUCAAACACAUGUUAAAGGAGAUUUGUCUUCAGAUUAUAACAAACAGGAAGAAAUUGGAACUGUUUCUCCACAUAAGACUUAUGUCCAAGAAAGCCACGAUGAAAAAGAUGAACUGGAUGGUAUAAACUCUGUAGAUAAUUCUACUGAUGAUAUUUCUAUUGAAAUUGGUAGAAAAAUCGAAAGAGCUCUGUCUUCUGAAAGAGAAACAGUAAAACCAUCAGGUUCUCCAGAAAGACAGAGAAAUCUUGACAUAAUAAUGGAAGAAACCAACAAUACUGAAGAGACUCAUUCACAAACUAAGUCAAUGCCAGAAAAAACUAAUGACUUUUCUGUGAAUGACACUGAAUUGUUAAGUGGUGCCAUACUGACAGAAGAUGACGAGCUGCAGUAUAGUUUGAGUAAUGACACUGGACAUAAAGAGACCAAUGAGCAGCAGAUAAUUUUAGAAGAGAAAGCUGUGCACAGGACUGCUUUGCCUGUACAAGGUGAACAAAUAACAUCUGACUUCAAGUCCCAAAGUAGAGACCUUUCAAGGGGAGACAACCACACAAAUUUUGAAGGAAAUGGCAGUGAAGCAAAUCAGGGAACUUAUGAGAGUAACAUCCAAAAUGUAAAUGAUAAUUUGAUGUAUCUUCAGCAGCCACAGAAUGUUUAUGAAACUGCUCCAGCUUAUACCGAGGACAUCAGGCAAACUGUGUAUGGUGAUUAUAAUAAUGGGAUAGUAAAUGCUCAGGAUGGUGAACAAUAUUUGCAAGAGGCUCCUAAUCCAGAAGUUCUUGCUGAAACAUAUGAUGUGCCAGCUGCAAACUUUGACAGUGGGCUUCAACCAAUACAAACUGGAGGUGGCGACAUGAAUGUAUCUGGAGUUAUAUUUGACAAUACCCAGGAUCAAAAUUAUAUUUAUGAUACUGUACAGAAUGUACAAGACAAUUAUAAUCCUGGUGGAGAAUUAAGUGAAAAUUUUUAUGUGGAGACCUAUGAGUCAUCAGAUCCUAAUUUUGGACAGCAGUUGCAGCCAAACAAUGUUGUUCCUGAUCAGAACUGGGAACCAUAUAAUGAGAUGGCAUUUCAAGGUGACAGUGGUCAAGAUGAAGUUCAGUCUACUUAUCAGAACUUUGAAAUACAAGAUGUGGACACCCAGAACUUGCAGCCUGGAGAAUUUAUAUAUAGUCAGGAAGUCCCUGGCAAUGACCCUCAGUUCUACACAAAAAAUUUAGAGCAACAGGGAGCAUAUAAUCAACAACCAGGUGAGGACCAGUGCUUCUAUGGUGAUGGUGUGCAGACUGGCAGUGUUCAAGAAGAUGUAAGUGGCAAUCAGCUUGAUUAUGUAACCAAUGAUGCUGUAUUAGAACAACAAACGUACCAACAACCUGAUGAAGGGGAUAGAGGUUGUAAUCCACAGCCUGAUGAUGAGCCUAACUGUGUAAUGGACAAGGCUGAUGAUGGGGUUGCAAUUUCUUCCAGUCAAGUAUUUGACAAAAACCAACCUCCUGACAUUCAAAUACAGCAAAAGUCAGAACAGUACACUGAAAACUUGCAUGCAGUGGCAAGUGAAUCAAGCGAGGGAUCUAGCAAUAAUUCUGAAAUGCAGAGAGAAAAGUUAGAAAAACAAAAUGCUUGCAAUAGCGAAUCUGUUCCCAAUACUGUGCGAGACUCAACAAAUUUAUCUGACAAUCUGGAGACAGAAAACACAAGAGUCAAGGGAGAAUUUUGUCAAGAUCCUAAUGGUAUGGAAACAGCACUGGCACCUAGUGAAACUACUGACAAUAAGAGUGAUGGUGGGACAGGCAUUGAACAGUCUCCCAGUACAACAGAGAUUGCAGCAAAAAAGGCAAGUAACGAUGUGCAGGGUGAUGGGAGAUGCAGUGACUUACUUAACACUAUAUCAGAAGAAGUGAAAGAUGAAACAGCUCAUACAAAUGGCAGCAAUUCAUUUAAAGAUGCUCCAAGAAAUGAUCAACACAAAGAUAUCAUAAGUGGACAUCAAGAGGUUGUGGAAAGCAAUAUUAUUACUAAAUCAGAUGACAAAGUGUCAAACAGUGGGAACAAGAGAGAGGAGAUGAACACUUAUUCAAACAAAGAGCCAUCUGAUUUAGAAUCCGCAAAGUCAGUAAAAUCAGGGGAAGAGGAAUUUACCGAGUCAUUUGAUGGAGGGAAAUAUCAUGAACCAACUGUGGGUUAUGAACGUGGUAUCCCUGGCUACAAUAAUGCUGCUGACAGUAGCACAACUGAAGACUCAUCAGAACGCUGGACAACAAUGCCGAAGAAGACAAGGCAACAGAUGACUCUCAAGCUACAAAAUAAGAAGGCAGAAACUACGUUGCCACCCGACGAGGAUAGUUCUGAUGAGUCAGAACAAAUACAACCUGUGUUACAUGCACCACAUGUAAGAGGGACUUCUCACGCUGACACCUCAGAUGAUUCAGAGCUGCUAGAUAACAGGAUGGCAACUGAAACUCAGAAUAGGACACUUCGGGGUAACCAAAAAGAACCAUUAAAUACUGGAGAAAAUACUUCUAUGCAAGGAGAAGGUAAACUGGGCAGGUUACCUGCCAGAGCAUCAUCGAAGCUCCCUGUGAUCUCAACUGUGUUGGACUCUGAUAAUGAAUCAUUACACCUUGGCAGUGAAUCAAGCAAGACCUAAAAAUAUUGUGUCAAUAACACACAGUCUGCAGAAACCAAAAUACUUUAGUUGGUUUUAAUGACUAGGUCAGUUGUAUUACAGGGAGAGAGAGACUGGGUAGAUGGGGGGAAGACGGGGGGAGGGAGGAGUAAUAAGCACAUUCCCAUUUGUAACUCCCAACAUACUAGGAUGAUUCAGUACAAUUCUUGCAAAAUAAAAUAACUGUGCACUGACAGCUGAUUUGUUUUAGAAACACAAUGAUAUCUUUCUUUUAUGUAAUUCAUAAAAAUAGUGCACAAUGAUGUCACCUGUUGCCAUGAGCAAAACCUUUUAUUGUGUGUUUUCUUUCUGUGACACUUCUCUAUUCUUUUCUCAUUUUAUUUAUUUAUUUAUUUUGUCAGUCUUAACAAAGAGAAGUAUUUGGAGAAAUGUUGUUGGGGUAAUUGUUGUCAUUUAAGGAAAUUUUGGGUACCCAUAAAAGUGUACCAAUAAUAAAUUUUAAUAUUAUCAGCUGUAAGCAUUGUAGAGUGUUCACUAAUAAGUCACAAUUAAAGAGUAACUCAGACAGUUAUAGAUAAGCACAUGUUCGAGUACUGCUUUGUUGUUUUCCCAUGUACAUUGCCACAUAUCCAAACUUCCUGAGCAUAAAGCAUUUUGUGUUCUGCAGUUGAGUAUGUAAUUUUAGUUCAAAAUGCAUUUCAUAUGUCAAAAACACCCGCCAAUGUUGUAGUCAAUUCAAAUGGCAGGAUGUGCAUGUAAAAGGAAAAGAGAUGAGACCACUUUUCAUGUAAGUAGGAAGGUAAACAGCAACAGUGUUCCUAUCUUGGGGUCAGAACAUCCUCAUUAACCUGUACAAAAUCAAAGAGAUUCCCUAAAACUAAACAUUUUCUGCACUUUGUCCUGACGUCAUGUGUGCAGAAAAUUUUUUUCGCUGAAGCUACCGUAACGGGCGGCUUGUUUGGAUAUGUUGCUAGAGUGGUUUGUUUCCCCAGUUAGGAGGUGAACCUGAAAUCUUCAUUUGCCAACAAGCUGUAGCCUCUCCCUAUUAGCAUCUCUUCAUACGAGAGUGGUUAAAAUUCAGAAUCCCUGACCACUGGAUUGUUUGUAAUGGUCCAAGACUGUUUUUUUCUGCUGGCUUCCACAUUCGCCCUACAUCACACAAUGCAAUUUUUUCCUUUUGAGCUUUAUAGAAGAUCAUAUCUACAUUCAGCCACUACCUAAUGAUUUGCUAGUGUUGAACCACAGAACUGAAGAGGCUAUUGCUUCCAUUAAUCCGAACAUGUUAACCAACGUGUGGGAAGAACUGGAUUUUAUAUUGGACGUGUUCCAUGUAAUUAAAGGUGCAUAUAUUGAACAUUUGGAAAAAAACUUGUUUAGUUUACCUUCAAUGUGAUGUAUGCUUUGUUGUAAAUAGUCUAAAUUAAAGUGUUGUAAUAUACCACUGAAACUGGAACAUUCUUUUAUGAACACCCUGUGCAGUAAUUACCAUGUCUCAGAUAAAAAUUCUGGCAGUUUACUGAUAAAUAUUACUGGCAGAAGUAAAGCUAUGAGGACGGGUCAUGAGUUGUGCUCGGAUAGCUCAGUUGGUAGAGAACUUCCCCAUGAAAAGCAAAGGUCCUGGGGUUCGAGUCCCAGUCUGGCACACAGUUUUAAUCUGUCAGGAAGUUUCAGUCUUAUGAAUGGUUUGAAAACAAGCAAUAUAACUUCUCGUGAGCUCUCUAGUAGUCCUGAUGUGACUGAGGAAGAGCACAUAGGCAGCUUUUGUUUAAUGCACAACCACUUUUACCUUAAUUACCAUGAGAAUUGUUUGUAAGUAUUUUAGCACUGUGUAAAUGCAGCUAAAGAGCUUUCAGGUGUAUUUUGUCAAUUCAGCCUGUUUUUGAGAAUAGGAUAGAAUGGGAGAGAUGCUCGGCUUUGAAUAGGUGUCCAGACAGGAAUAUAAACAACAUGGCUUUUAGGCAAGGUCCUUCUUUAGAUAAGUUUGCAAAAUAUUGUAUGAAUUGGGUAAUCUCAGUGGAUUAGUAAUGAUAACUAAGUCCGAGGUUGUAUGUUUUAAAAAAAGUUACGGUUAAUUGUAUAUCUUUAUCAACACAUUAGCAGAUAAUUGAUUUGCAAAGAAAUUUGCAGAAAUAAAUGGAGUAUUAUUUAAAUCUGUGAAAAUUGUGUGUGCAGUAAAGCUUGCAUAGUUGUUGAACACUUGUUCAGGCAUUCACUUACAUAUCUACUCAUCUAAACAGCACACAAGUGUAAAGUACUGAAGUGCCACGUCUUCACAAAAAUACUUUUGCUGAACCACAAAAAAAGGUACUGUAUAUAUUUAAACCAACUUAAAAACCACAUAAAAAUAAAGCCUAUAAAACAUCUCAGAAACAAUUAUGAAAAACAAUUAAAUUUAUUAAAUGCUGCUGUAAGUCUAAGAAACAAAAAGUUUUGAGUAUUAAAUUACGUGACCAUAUUACUGCCAAAACUACUAACCUAAACUUUUACAUUGAAUGACCUAGCUCCUGCCUCCUUGAGUGCAAAGAGUGACAGCAUGCUGACAUGCAGGCUUAAGUGUAACUGUCAACUUUAACAAAAUUGACUACCACUUAAAUUUACCAUUACUGACAUAUACAAUCAACAUGUUGCAAACUACCUCCCUUCACUAGUUAUUUUUUAAUCCUACAAGCCCAUUGAUUCACUAUAUUUAAAUAAAAUUGCAUAUUGUCCACGUACACAUACAUGCUUGAUGCCAGGCAGGCUGCAUUGGGGAGUUUCUCUGCCCGGGGACUGGGUGUUUGUGUUGUCCUCAUCAUUUUAUCAUCAUUCGUGACAGUGGCUAGAUUGGACUGUGUAAGAAUUGGUCUGUGUAAAAGUUGGGACUUCAUACGGGCACUGAUAACUGCGCAGUUGAGCACCCCACAAACCAAACAUCAUCACCACAUACAUCCUUAACACAUUAAACAAAGAAAACAUGAUUAUAAUGAGUAAAUAGAAAUUAAUUUGGCCUCUUUAAAUGACAUGUCCCCAUGAGCUCUUUCCACUAGUGCUCGUUGAAUUUAUGUAAGUGACACCACAUUUGAAUGACGAGAAUCUUUAUUGAUGCCAUAAAUAAUCAGUGACAGAAAGAGAUACAGAAAGAGACGUACGUAAAGUGGACAAGACUAGUUAGGAAUGUCUUUGAGCAACUAGACAUUGACCUCAAUGACUUUCAAAGCUUAGAUCACUACAAAAGAUUUACAAGAACAUCAUAUGCUCUCCAGUCACCAACAAGAAUUAAAAAGUCAAUUUGGAAGUGGAGUGAAAUAAGCCCAGGACAAAAAAAUAUCCAUAGUACCUAGAUAAAAGAGUUGUUGACUAAGAUGAAAGCUUCCCAUAAUUAAGAAAUAUGUGGUUGAA